UUCGCUAUUUAUCCCAUUUCUGCAAAGGUAAAUAAUUUCCUUUUUCGCUACUGCUCUCGUCUGGCGACGGCAGCGGCCUCAUCUCCCUGAUCCAAACCCUACUCCUUAUCCAUUGUGUGAUCGAUCGCCGGCGGAAGUCGGCGGAAGACGAUGCGCCGGUGCUCCCACUGCAGCCACAAUGGCCACAACUCCCGGACGUGCCCCAGCCGCGGCGGGGUGAAGCUUUUCGGGGUGCGCCUCACCGAUGGUUCCAUCCAGAAGAGCGCCAGCAUGGGGAACCUCUCUCUCCUUUCUGGAUCCAGCGGCGGCGCCUCUCCCGCCGAUGGGCCGGAGCCAGCCGCAGGCGCCGCCACUGACGGUUACGCGUCGGAGGAUUUCGUGAAGGGGUCGUCGGCGAGCUGCCGCGAGCGGAAAAGAGGAAAUCCAUGGACUGAAGAAGAGCAUAGAAUGUUUUUACUUGGAUUGCAAAAGCUUGGUAAAGGUGAUUGGCGUGGCAUAUCUCGUAGCUAUGUGGUGUCUAGGACACCUACCCAAGUGGCUAGCCAUGCACAGAAGUAUUUUAUUCGUAAAUCUAAUAUAACAAGAAGAAAAAGAAGAUCAAGCCUCUUUGAUAUGGAAGCUGAUGAGCCCCUUGAACCUCAAGCAUUUUCAAUUUCGCAAGAAUCAGAUGCACAAAAUAGCAAGCCACCUCCAAUACCUCCAAUUCUGAACGAGGAAGAUGAAUCAAUGGAUUCUAAAGUGGAAGUAAUUGAAGAAGUGCCACAACCAGAAGCUCAGCUGCUCACUUAUCCUGUGAUGUUUCCUGCAUAUUUUUCUCCGGUUCUCCAAUUUCCUUCCUCUUAUUGGUCAGAAUGCAAAGCAAAUACAUUGGAGCAGCAGACACAUGAAAUUAUUAAACCAACAGCAGUACAUUCAAAGACUCCUAUAAAUGUUGAUGAGCUUGUGGGUAUGUCAAAGUUGAGUAUAGGAGAGUCCCUCGUAGGGACAACUUCUUCGUUGGAUUUUCUCAGAGGGUCUAAGAGGCAAUCUGCUUUCCAUGCUAACUGUUCCAUGAGGUCUCAAACAUGAUCCAGCUAUUUAAACAAGGAGAUCAAGUGACGGUACUAUGUACUAUCAGGGCUUCGGAAGAUCUUCCUUGCAACCGCCACAAUAACUUGGAACCGAUUGUCCUUACCUUAUCUGUUUAUGCUAACUGCAAGACUACCACUAAUAAUCCAAUGACAUCCCAAGCUAUUGGUUGCCCUCGCGACUGCUAAUAAUAUACAACUUUUGCAGUUGAAUGUUCUUCGUCUGACGGAGGUACUUCAUGGAAGUUCAAGUAUCCUAGCGAAUUCGAUGUGCAUAUAUUAGUUGUUCCUGCGACUAUGAUAUCGAGCAGGAUUCAUGUGUGGUAUUUGUCGAGGAAGUUGCAACUCACAACUAGGAUCGAAAUGUUAGUUGUUUCGAAAGUUUUAAUCUGUCACUAGGGUGCUGUAAAAUUCUAGUAUUUUCGAUAUAAAAAAUAUAAUAAGGGUAUAUUAUAUA